UUGAUAUUGCGUAGAGGCAUUGCUGCGAUGACACAAUGCGCGAUGACAAUGUAGCUGCAUGCUCGCUCAAGCUCUGUGCAGCGAUUAGUACAGUGCUCCUUUAACUAUAGAUAGCCUUACCUGGCAAGGGGUUGAUAUGGUCCAUGCAUUGACUACGCUUAACUUACCUCGGUGUCGAAAGCAGAUCUGCUCAAGUUUGGCCGCAUAUGUCUAGAUGAGAUUGAGCAUAAUAUCAUUUGACCCCGUGUGUUGCCUUUGCAGAUUGAGGCGGUCCGUUGACAAUCGAGCAAAGAUCGCUCGAAGUAAGGUAGCGCCAAGUCCUCACCACUCGAUCCCUGGGACUGCUCGACAACAUUCGUCACAUUGUAACGCAGAGCGACAUACUCGACGGAAAGACUGUAGAGUUGAUAUAUAUGUAUAUGUUGCUAGGCGCAGCGGGAAGCGCGCGGUAUGUAUUAAAAGUUCAUUAAAUUGUGCAUGCGUGGGGACCGUGUGGUGCGUGUAUGUAGGUACCCCUUCCCCGCAAAGACCUGGUGCCGAGAAUCGUUCGCUUGAAGGACAGAUCGCAUCCAUGAUCCUGCAUGUAUACGCCGCAAUACCACCCCCAGUCCCGUCCAGCUCUACAUCCGCUUUGGCCAGGGCGGCUGCUGUGUGUUGAAUCGGCGUUCUCAUCAGCAAGCUGACUGGUCAGCCCUUUGCCUUGCUGGCGUGUCCUCAGCUCAGCAACUCCAGAAAUGG